CCCCCCCGCCCCACUCCCGCCGCCGAGGCUGCUGUGCUGACGGCGGGUGCCGGAGCUUCGGAGUUACUGAUUUAUUCUUGAGAAUCCUCUACUGUCAUCUGUCCUCAUGGAUGAACUUCAGGAUGUUCAACUCACAGAGAUCAAACCACUUCUAAAUGAUAAGAAUGGUACACGAAACUUCCAGGACUUUGACUGUCAGGAACAUGAUAUAGAAACAACUCACGGUAUGGUCCACGUCACUAUAAGAGGCCUACCGAAGGGAAACAGACCAGUUAUUCUGACAUACCAUGACAUUGGCCUCAAUCAUAAAUCCUGUUUCAAUGCAUUCUUUAACUUUGAGGAUAUGCAGGAGAUCACCCAGCACUUUGCCGUCUGUCAUGUUGAUGCCCCAGGCCAGCAGGAAGGUGCACCCUCUUUCCCAGCUGGGUACCAGUAUCCGACAAUGGAUGAGCUGGCCGAAAUGCUGCCUCCUGUUCUCACCCACUUAAAUCUGAAAAGCAUCAUUGGGGUUGGAGUUGGAGCUGGAGCUUACAUCCUCAGCAGAUUUGCACUCAGUCACCCAGAGCUCGUGGAAGGUCUCGUGCUCAUUAACGUUGACCCUUGUGCCAAAGGCUGGAUUGACUGGGCAGCUUCCAAACUCUCGGGCUUGACAACCAAUGUUGUGGACAUAAUUUUGGCUCAUCACUUUGGGCAGGAAGAGUUGCAGGCCAACCUGGACCUGAUUCAAACCUACAGACUGCAUAUUGCCCAAGAUAUCAACCAAGAAAACCUGCAGCUCUUCCUGGGCUCCUAUAAUGGACGCAGAGACCUGGAGAUCGAAAGACCCAUUCUGGGACAAAAUGAUAACAAAUCAAAGACAUUAAAGUGUUCUACUUUAUUGGUGGUAGGUGACAAUUCACCUGCAGUUGAGGCUGUGGUUGAAUGCAAUUCUCGCCUGAAUCCUGUAAAUACAACUUUGCUAAAGAUGGCAGACUGUGGUGGACUCCCCCAAGUAGUUCAGCCCGGGAAGCUCGCCGAGGCCUUCAAGUACUUUUUGCAGGGGAUGGGCUACAUCCCAUCUGCCAGCAUGACCCGGCUCGCCCGAUCACGGACCCACUCCACCUCAAGUAGCAUCGGCUCUGGAGAAAGUGCCUUCAGCCGAUCUGUCACCAGCAAUCAGUCAGAUGGAGCUCAAGAAUCCUCUGAGUCUCCUGAUGUUCUGGACAGACGCCAGACCAUGGAGGUGUCCUGCUAAGCGGACGCUCCCCCCCCCGGACCGUGCAAGCCCGUCCUCCUUCAGACAACCGCUCCAUAAUAUAACGCUUCAUCCAGCAGACUGGCGUCUAUCCAUCUUUAAGUCAUGCAAGCCCGUCCUCCUUCAGACAACCGCUCCAUAAUAUAACGCUUCAUCCAGCAGACUGGCGUCUAUCCAUCUUUAAGUCAUGCAAGCCCAUCCUCCUUCAGACAACCACUCCAUAAUAUAACGCUUCAUCCAGCAGACUGGCGUCUAUCUAUCUUUAAGUCAUGCAAGCCCGUCCUCCUUCAGACAACCACUCCAUAAUAUAACGCUUCAUCCAGCAGACUGGCGUCUAUCUAUCUUUAAGUCUUGCAUGGCCACUGACUCUCUCUUCCUGGUAUCCUGGAUUAAUCAUCCUUUCUGCCUGCCCGCCCCCCUGUUUGUAUGUACCGAGAGCCACUUCCAUGCCAUUACUGUAGCAUUCCAACACCUUCAGCUCAUCAGAUCUCCACAUCUUCUCUUGCCAGCUUUUCCCUGUGCUUUCCCAACUGUGUAGCUAAGAUUGUUUGAUCCUGAUGUAUGUGUGUGAGCACGCGUGUCUGUGUUUGUGUGUGCGUAGUUCUGUGAUUUUAGACAGGCUUUCUUGUAGAGCUUCUGCAAAAAACAAAAAAAAAGGGACUUUUUUUGCAUUUUCGGUGGUGUUUUUAGGGGAAAUAUGCAGAACAGUUUUCUAGGUUGGGUAGGCCAUUGCAUUCUCUUUUGCUUCCAUAUUGGUCAACAAGAUCUGCAAAGUGACUUCAGGAGAGAGCAGCUCUGAGGAAUGUGGAAGAUCAUAAUUCCUGUUUGGAUUGUUGACUGUGACCAACAGAAGGGAGCCUGUUACAUAGAGAAGCAGUCCGGGUGGCUAGCCACCUUCUCCUCUCCAAAUGAAUUCACAUAUACUAUUCUGUGAAUAAAAGGGAGGGAUAUGUUCUCUUAGAAGCCCAUGAAUGAUGAGGUUCUGAUGCAACGUGGAGUUUUUCCCAAGGAGUGAGUGUGGCUUAAUCACUGGACUUUUUCAGCACAGGAAGGGGAAAAUGAAAUUCCAGGCCUCUGCUCUGUCAGAACAAAACUGAGUCUCUGCAGUGUCUGGUACCACAUACCAGACGUCUGCAGGAAGCGCCGCCCAGGAGGAACACUCUCCAUCCCUCGAUUGCCCCAGAAGGGAGAGGUAGAGCCUGAAAAUUAUAUAGAUGAUGAGGAAAUGGCUGGGGAGAGAGGAACAGUAUAGACUUGAUUUCAGCAGACUUAAUGGAAGGUAAAUGAAAGUCAGAACCCAUUUCUCAGGAAGUUAUUCCUGUGAACGCCCUUUUGUAGGAGGGAAGGGGCCAAUCUGUAAGGGCAGCCUGUCCGGGUAGAAUUUUGCUCAGUCCGCUGCUAUGUGAGGGAGUCACAGCCACCCAGAGAGUAUCACCAGGAGGAGGGUGAAGGCAGCUACCACCCAGUAAGGGCCCAGCUUUGAGGGCAUUCAGAUCAGAUGUUACACAGAGAAGGGCUACACAGUCCUGAUCUUAGGAAGGGGCUUUUCAGAUGUAGCAUUUGCUUUCUGCUGAGGUACGGAAUGCGUUGCUCUGUCAGAGUACAGCUUUUUAUGGAUGAUGAAAUAAAGCUGUAUAUGUCUCAUUGUUA